CUCUUCUCAGCAUUCUCUAGUGUGGUCCACAGCAGCUUCCUCAUUUCAUUUAUGCCUGUGGUUUAUAGCUUGAGAGAAAAUCAGCAGGAAAUAUUCAUCAUCCCUUAUCGAGAACAGAACUUUUCACACUUAAAACAAAAGGGCAAUGGGUUCCACAAAGAAGCAUUGUAUGAUGGCUCAAAGUGACGCAUUUCAGCUGUGAAGAUGUAUGGAGACCUCUAUCACGACUUCAGUUGGUGACCAGUAGUUAUCCCUAAUUCCAAAAGGCAUGCAGCUGUCUUCAGAAACAAACUUCAUAGCCAUGUAAUUUAAAACUAAAAAAGAUAGAGUGAACAAGUACCAUAGAUAAGAUAAGCGAAAAAAGUUACAUUGGGAAAGACAAAAUGAAUGCUUCUGGAGGAAGUUGUGGAAGCCCUAGCUCUACUGAAUCUACUGGUGACAUCUUCAAGGAUCUGUGGUCCAAACUAAAAGAAUGUCAUGAUAAAGAAGUACAAGGAUUACAGUUGAAAAUAUCCAAACUGAAAAAGGAAAGGUGUUUGGAUGCAGAGAGGCUUGAAGAGUUUUAUACCAAAAAUCAACAACUGAGAGAGCAACAGAAAGGACUUCAUGACACUAUCAAAGUUUUAGAAGACAGAUUAAGAGCAGGAUUAUGCGAUCGCUGUGCAGUAACUGAGGAGCAUAUGAGAAAGAAACAGCAGGAGUUUGAAAAUAUCCGGCAACAGAACCUUAAACUCAUCACGGAACUUAUGAAUGAAAAAAACAACUUACAGGAUGAAAAUAAAAAGAUAUCUGAACAGCUUCAGCAGUUGCAGAAGCAAAUGGAGGGGAGAGAGCAACAAGCAAUGGAAUUGGAGGAAGGGGUCAUUCCAGAUUCUCCGGUUCAAUCUUUUUCACUAUCCGUGGUUAAUCGUAUCCGAAGAAAGAAAGAGAACAGGCAUGUCCGAUACACAGAGCAAACACAUACAGAUCUGGAGCAUUCUGAAAGCACUAAUGCAUUUGGAAAAGUUCCAUUGUCGUCAUCCACUCAAAUUCCUAAGCACUGUGGAAAGGAAAUACUAGUGGCAGACACCUGUGACCAAGAACUGUCCCCGAUAGCAAAUAAACAAGGGAUGGGAAGCUAUCCUGUUGCAAAGCCAUCUUUUAACUUGGCUGCAGUUGUUGCAGAAACAAUUGGACUCGUUCAAGAAGAAUCUGAGUCCCAGAGUGUACUGAAUGCUCUUAGAAGUGACAUUCCGAUGACCCAGGUGCCUCAGAGCCCACAACAGGAAGAUUCCAGAAAACAGCUAGCUCAUGAAUCAUCAAGAGAUAAUGACAACUUGGGACUUUCAGAUUCAUCUCAGAACACUCUACCAGAUGUAGACUGGGAUUCUCAGGUAGCUUCUCCUGUUUUUGGAGCAUCUAACAACAUGAAGAACAGCCUGACUUCAAGUCUUUCCCCUUCUGUUUUAGAAACAGGACUGAAGUCCAAUGCCAAAAAAGACUCCUUCAACAGUACUUUCAAUUCUAGAUCUCACAAAAUUAGAUCAAAAUCUGAAGAUGUUGCUCUUGUUGCACCACUUAAUCUUGGGACUGAAGUAAACUCUGUUAUCAGCCAGGCCUCAGCCAGUAGGCAGAUGGUUGUGAAAAGGGAUGUAAAUGAAUCCAUAACUUGUAUGGGCAACUCUUGCUCAGGUAAAGAGAUGAUCAAGAAUGACUUCCUCCUUGCACCCCACAAACAAGUGGCAGACAGAUGUGCUAAAAGAAAAAAAACAGAAGAUGAGCGUGUGACUAGCUGUGAAAAAACAUCUUUCAACAAAGAAAACUCUUUCCCUUUUCGAGCAGACAUUCAACCUGUUAAUGGAGAUCAUAUAAUUGAUAAGCCUCUGGACCUGUCUGAUCGUUUUUCUGCUAUUUGCUGUCAAGAAAAAAGCUCAAGAAGUGAUGAGAUCUGUAAAAAUAGACUAAGACAGGUGACACUGCAUGAUGUUUUUUCACAGCUGGUGAAGCCCGUUCCAAAGGGUUCUUCAUCCAUCCAAAAUACCAACAAUGGAAACUAUUUGUCAGGAAAAGAGUCACAAGAACAUCCCUAUGUACAGGAGAUGAUUCUCCAGUCAUGUGGCAAAACAUGCCCAGAUAAAAAACCUUUGAUGCAAAUAAAAGAAGAAAUCUCUGCUUUCAAAAUCCCAUCAUUGCCAAACACAGUGGAGACAGAACUACUUUUUGAUGACAUGAAGGUUGCCAGUGGCCAUGACCCAAUUAGAAAGAAAACCAGGACAGGACAUGGAGAAUGUGAGCUGGCAUCUGUGCUUCAACCAAACCCUUGUAGAAUAACAAAAACUAAACCACUGCAAAAUGAACAAGAUAAACCAUCGUUAGAAAUUAUGCAGUGGAGUAUAGAUCCAGGAGCAGACCUUUCCCAGUACAAAAUGGAUAUUACGGUUAUUGACACCAAGGAAGGCUCUCAAUCAAGAGUAGGAGGAGAGACUGACAUGGACUAUACAUACGUUAGUGAAAGCAUGCUAUUAAAAAUGAAAACUCAAGAGCAGAAAGGAGAAAGCAGUCCAAAGGGAGAAAGAAAAAUGAAUGACAGCUUAGCAGAAAUGUUUGAUCGGACAUCAUAUGAAGAAUAUAAAUCUUGUCUAGAAGAUGAUAGUCCUUCAGCAUGUGAUGAAAAAGAAAAUCCUCUUGAGGAAGAGGAAGAAAAUGAGGAAGUCUCAUCAGCAAGCAAACUAACGAAGCAUGAGAAUAAACAAGAUAAAACCAAGCAGAAAGCUUUUGUGGAGCCAUAUUUUAAAAGUGAUGAAAGAAAAAAUGCUGUGUUAGGUUUUCCUCAUAUUGAGGUUGUUCGGAAGAGAGAAGAGAGAAGAAAAUUGCUGGGCCAUACCUGUAAGGAAUGUGAAAUAUAUUAUGCAGAUAUUCCAGAAGGGGAGAGAGAAAAGAAGCUAGCUGCUUGUUCAAGACAUAGAUUCCGCUACAUUCCUCCUAGUACACCAGAAAACUUCUGGGAGGUUGGAUUUCCUUCCACUCAAACUUGUGUGGAAAGAGGCUAUAUUAAAGAGGAUCUUGCACCCUAUCACCGUCCAAAAAGAAGGCAGCCUUACAAUGUGAUGUUUUCUCCAAAAGGCAAAGAACAGAAGACAUAAAUGAUGGGGAAACAAAGCACAUAAAUGUGGGGAAAUGGUUUCUUGUCAUUAGAUAUUUAUAGUUAAUAUAAACUUGAAAUAAAAAUACUGUGGAUUUUUCCAAAAAGAUAAAUCAUUUCAUUAGAUAUGUAAAUCAUUUCCCUCUUAGAAAGCUCAUUUGAAAAUCUGAAGUAUGUAUCAGGAAACGCUACUAUUUAAUGUAUGUUUGUUUCAUUUUGUGUUAAUGUUUUGUCUUGAUUUUGCACCUUUAAGACAGUGGGUCUGCUCCUGUUUCCUCCCAUUGAAGUCAAUGGCUAAAUGCCUAUUGGACCAUAUCCAAACUUUUAAGUAAGGUGGGUGUGACUUCUUUGAUCUCAGUGGAGUUCUACCUGCUCAUUCUAAGUCUAAAUGUUGCUUAUAAAUUUCAGUGGGAGCAGGACUGGACCUGGUAGGGUGCUUCCAUUUUGCACUGGAUAACUUAAAGGAUUUAUCACCUUCCCUUUUUUGUAAUAAUUGUGAUAUAUCUGAUUGCAAUAAACAAAGUAGUAUUUAUUAAUGA